AUGACCCUCAUAACCCCCCUGCCCUACCCUUUCGACCUAUCCUGCCCACUCCCAAAGUCCACCAAGCCGAUCAAUGCCCCUCAUUGGCCCUUUCCCGUUGCUGGACCCAGUACAUACCCUCAAGAACCGGUAGACCUGUUUUUGAGACGGAGAUACCUUGAGACGCUCUUCCUACCCGACGGUCUCGCCCCUCUGCAUGCUUUUGCACAAGACAUCGUCCGAAUACCUCCUCCUGCCAUAGCAGAUGCUCUGAGCCCUCUUAUGAUCUCUCUCCCGUCUAUCGAGAGCCGACAUCGUAAUACCAGACUGCCCGAGAUCUCCACCAGUACAUCUGCGGAUCAGACGCGCAAGGAUUUGACGGUGGAAGAGCUGGCGGUGAUCCGAGCUGGGAUGGCGCUCAGGCUGGAGUGUAGGGCCAUUGCCGAUAGUGGGGAGAUGCCUGCUCAGAAGACUGUCGCCGAUCAGCUCGAAAAGCGAGAGACUUUAAUACAACUCAUAAUGCUCUUGUCGUACACUCAGCAUACCCCUCGUCCGUCGUCUCCACCACUGGUAGAAGGCAAACCAAAGAAACGCAAACGUUCCCGCACGUCCAACGUUUCACCAACCUCUUCGCCGGAUACAGCCAGAGACUUGUUGCUCGAUCGGAUAAGCAUCUGGCAAGCUCUCUCUGGUUUGGACCUUGACUUGGAUUUGGAUAACCUCACUGGGAUGCCUGGUAAUGCUUCGGCUGGUGGUGCAAAGUCUGGAAAGGGGAAGGAGAAGGAAGAGAAUGGUUUAGAGAUGAUGUUGAGGGCGUUCUGGGAUGAUGUCCUUGUGCCAUUCUAUCUGAAAUCCCACCCUGCCAUUUUACAAUCCUAUCACGAAAAGACAUUCGGCACCCCCGCUCCCGCUACCCUCUUCCCUCCAAAGACCAGCUCUGCUGAAGUCGCAUCCGGCGGCGGCGCAAAGUCCCGCAAACCAAAACUCACCCGCGCCCUCGGCUCAGCAGACGGUCAAGUCUACCCCUCAUCCACCUCCACCUCCACCUCCACCUCCACCUCACUCUCCCGCGCACGCUCCUUCUCCCGUGCUCCUUCCGCGCUCCUCCCGCCGGCGCCGGUGCAGGAUACAGAAAGAGGUCGGCCAGAGAAGAGAGAGCGACAGCCGGCGGCCGGGUCGGGGUCGAGGGCACCCUCGAGGACGGGGUUGGAAGUGUCUGUGGGGUCUGAGAGGAGUUUUGUGAGGACGUUUUCGAGGACGGAGUCUCAGAGCCAGAGCCAGAACCAGAGUCAGAGUCAAGGGCAGGGGCAGUUCCGUCGUUCGCGGUCCGUCUCUAUUGACCCGUCUGUACCGCUCCCCGUGGCCUCUUCUAGUACGAUCGGCGGCGUGGGCAAGAAGCCGCUGGCCAGGACGGCGAGCGGAAAGGGGAAGGAGAUGAUGAACAUCCAAGGGCGCCAAGUCGGCUUACGGCGAGCAGGAAGUAAGAAGCUCGCGCCUUCUGCUCCUCCUGGUGCUGCUUCGGCCCCAGGGGCGGACAGCCAAGGCCGCGAGUCACAAUCCCAGCUGGGCCAAAGAGGUCUCAUGGGCCGCAAAACAUCCUCCUCUUCCAACCCUUUCCGACCAAAACACUUUUCAUCAUCCACCUCCUCCUCUUCCCUCUCUUUCGCAGCGCAGCAAGAGGCAGAUACGCUCAUCAUGGCGACGCCUUCGAAACCCAAACAUCAAUCUCAAUCAUUCACUUGGCAUCCUACGCCCAUCCAAGAAGAGCCUGCUUCUUCAGACAGGGAGAGGGACAGGGACAGGGAUGGGCAGAGGAGUGUGAGGAAAGAGUUUGUGGCGGAAACGCCAGUUGUUGGAGGGGGUAGGAUGAGGGGGGAGUGGGCGUAUGGGAGUUUGGGGGAUGGAGUUUUUGAGGAGGAGGCGUCGGGGGAGGGGUUGGGGGAGUUGAUGGUUAUGACUGAUGAGGAGGAUAUGGGUGAGGGGACGGUGGAAGGGACGGGGGAGGUGGGGGGUGAGAGGGGGAGGGCAAUGUUUGUGCCCGAGACGCCUGUGAAGUGA